CAACAACCAAGGGAUGAAAAAGUCAGCCACGCAUACCCCAAUUCAUCCAUAUUAAGCCACCCAGCACCUGUCUCCACAUUCAUUUUCCCCGUUGCAACAUUGAAUAGAGUCGUCCCACCCUUGUAUGACGGUUUGUAAAGCAAGCCAUUCACUUGAACCAUCGACUUUGUUAUUGGAGCAUUCCACUCCCUUUGCAACCAUUUCCGCGCUGCCCGCUCCGGAAACAAACAUUAGCCGGGUACCAAACAAAAAUAUCUUGGAAUACUGCCCAUAGAGGCCUUGCAUUACUGAAUAGUGUCGCAAUGAACGCAACAAAGCGGAAGUUCAACGCCCUCCUGCAGGGAAUCGGUGCAAGACCGUCCUCACCAUCUUCGACCGACACAAACACACGACCUGUCGCCCCUCCCUCUCCAUCUGUAUCCCGAACCUCGACAACCAUCAACAACGGCGUCUCCGACCCAGAUCAAAAUAUGCCAAUCUCAAGCUCCAACAAGAUUGAUCUCCUCAAGCGCCGUAGGGUGGGUGCUCCAGAUUCCUCCCCAACCGCAGACUGUACCUCGUCCUUGGGCAGAGCUCCUACAAUCACCGCACCAGGUCUGCCUACCGUUCUAUUGAGGAAGACGCCUGGCGGGAAAACCAACAUACGCAAUGGGCCAAUUGCUCAGGACAAAACCCCGCUCACCACCCCACGCUACUGCCCCGGGGAUCGGGACCAGCUCAUCAAGCGCCUGGCCACGUUCCAGGAGCUGACCGACUGGACGCCCAAACCCGACCGCGUCAACGAGGUUGAGUGGGCCAAGAAGGGCUGGGUCUGUAUGGGAAAGGAGCGCCUGCGCUGCACCCUCUGCAAUAAGGAGAUGGUCGUCAAGCUGAACCGUAAGGAGGUUGAGGGCAAGGAGGUUCCGGUUCUUGUUGCUUCUGAAAUUGAGGAUGCCCUGGUGGAGAAGUAUGCCGAGCUUAUGGUCACUGCCCAUCAAGAGGACUGUCUCUGGAGGGAACGUGGAUGCGAUGAUCAUCUCAUCCGAUUACCGCUUGCGAACCCUGCGGUUGCACUUGAAGCGCUUCGGAAGCGCUACGACGAGCUUUGCGCUCGCAAGGAUUUUCUACCCUACGAGUUUAAUCUACGACUGCCCGAGAAGCUUGACCUGGAUGCAAUCCUACAUAACCUACCUCCAACGUUCUUCAGCGACCCUCCACCACCGGCACCACAACCAGCUGCACCGAACCGGGCGGCUUUGGCCCUUGCCAUGAUAGGCUGGCAAGGACUCGAGAAUCCCAAGAUCGGCGCCGUUCCCAACUCAGCCUCUUGCCACACUUGUCUCCGCCGCUUGGGUCUCUGGAUGUUCAAGAGCAAGGAAGUCGAUCAGACCACUGGUGCUGUCCUCGUCCCCGCCAUGAUGGACCACCUGGACCCCCUGAGGGAGCAUCGCGACUUCUGCCCCUGGAAGAACGGUCACGCCCAGCGCAGCACGGGAGCCGGGACAUCGUCCAAGUCCAAGGCCGGACAGUCGCCUAGCCCAGCCGGCUGGGAGGUGAUGGUGCAAGUGAUCAAGAACGAUGCAUACCUCCGCAACAGGAGUACAAAUAGACUUUUUGGACAUAAAGGCUCCAAGAGUGUCGGUGGGCAGCCUGCAUCCACGGAAAAGACGCCUGCACAGCCUACCACGCCGGUGCGGCCGACCACGAGCGGCCACCAUGUUGCGGACUCCACUAGGGACAAUGAAGAUGAAGACGAGGACGAAGCGACGCGGGACGCAAAGGACAAGGAGCGCUGGGCGAGGCUGCGUCGCGUCAAAAGCUUGUUCGAUCCCAAGGGCAAAAACAAGCUCAAGCGCUCGCAGAGUAGGCCUGGUACCGGCCACGGUUCGACACCGAGGCCAGACACCACCAACGAACAAGCUGGUUAAGCUGACCAUUGCAAAGGAACAUUUCAUUUCUGUUUGAAUCUCGCGAUGCCGAUGUAUGAUUACGUAGCAGAUCAAAGUUGUUUUGUGACUGCUGGGUGGCGCACUGUUAAAAGCACAAAUAGUUACAAGUCGGAGACAGAAAAGCGUUUAUGAGCAUGACAAUAAUGGCUUUGAAUUUCCGAAUAUCUA